CCCCCCCCCCCGGCAAGGGGCUGGAGAGCUGCUGCUGCCACCUUGAACCGCUGAAGCUCCUUCGGUGAAGGUGCUCCCAGGGGUGGUACAGGGACUGUAAACUGGGGCCAUGCUAUUCGGUGUUUAGGUGAUGUUAUUGAAUCCUAAAAUAUUCUGAGUGGAUUUAAUAGCAUAGAUGCUAAAAGAAUUGGGGUGGGGGAUCUAGAAGAUGGAAACACACAGUGAAAUGCAUCUUUUGCAUAGAGUGUUCAGGGGGCAGCCCGCAAGUGUCGCCACGCUUCCGGCGCCAACACAGCAUGUCCACAACUUCCUAACCCGUACGUCUUUGGAAUGUGGGAGGAAACCGGAGCACCCGGAGGAAACCCAUGCAGACACAGGGAGAACGUACAAACUCCUUACAGAUAGUGGCCAGAAUUGAACGCAGGUCCUCGAAUGCAAGACGACUCUUCUCUAGAUGCUGUCACACAAGAAGUAACUACACAGGCUGAGGAAAUGCUUGUAGUUCCCAAUGAGGGACGGGUCACCCCGAAUGAGGCAGGGGAACAGAACCAACCUGGUGUUCUUGCCUCAGCAGCAGCGAUCAGAGUGAGCAAGGAGUAUGUUGACCUUCAGGAGGAAGGUGCCAUGGACGCUUCACUGAACAGUAUGUUCCACACGAUAUCGAGCAGCAAGGCUGUGAUCAAGAGUCAACAGAAGGAUGAGCCUGACCUCCGUUAUGACCAGAAGCUAUCCAUUGUCAAGGAACUUUUCUACUGCAAGCCAGUGGUUUUCCUGGAACGGUUUCACAAGGUCAUCAAAGAGGAGCACCUGGUCUGCUUCCAUCACUUGGCUGGCAACUACGAAGUUGCUUUUUAUUGUAAUGAGGUACGGAAGUCGUCAAUGAAGAAAAGCGCCCGAACAAACGUUCGCAACAAGAGGUACGCGGCUCUGCAGCAGCUGAUCAAAGACGGAGAGUACUUCAGCGAUGAGCAGAUGCGAACGCGAGAUCCACUGCUGUACGAACAGUAUAUCAGGCAGUACAUGACAGAGGAAGAGCUGUUGGCUCAAAACAGCAGGAAUCUGGGUGGUGCAAUGAGCCUAUCAGACCUACUGAUGAACACUUAUCAGGAAAAGAUUGUGCAGGAGAGGUUACAGUGGCAGCAGGAAAGGGAGGAUGCCUGUGAGGAGGAGGAGGAGGAAGACGAAGAGGAAGAGGAGCGCCCUGAGUCUAAAGCUGCAGAGUGGGUGCCCAGUGAUGAUGAGAGGACAAUGCUGAGGGAUGAAUUUGUGAGCCGUAUGUACCAGCGCUUCCUUGACGGAGAAGAUGGAGACUUUGAUUACAGUGCUGUUGACGACAACCCAGAUUUUGACAACCUUGACAUUGUGAAUCGUGAUGAAGAGGAGCGAUACUUUGAUGAGGAGGAGCCAGUGGAAAUUGAAGAUAUGGAAAUGGAGUUGGACAGGGAAUGAUGCGAUUCAAACACAUUUCGAUUAAAUGUCUCCUUUUUCAGUUUUAAAUUUACCAGCAUGUCUGAGUUUGCUCUGCAUUUCUUGAACUGUUAGAGAAGGUGUUGUGGUUUUGUUACAUGGUAUGUCCAAACCAAGAAGUCAGUCUCAUCUCUUCCCUUUACUUUUAAAGAAUAAUUUAAUUGGCCAAGUAUCUUGUUGCUCGGACUCAACUUCCAUUAUAUGAACAAGAGAGAAUGGAAUAGUUAAUGGAUGUUAAAUAGUAUCCUCCAGUGGUAUUACAUCUCCUGCAGCCUCAUGGUUUGGUUCUUGAUCUGCAUGGAGUUAGCCGAGGGAAUAAUCUGGCCCAUGUAUCUCAUGGAGGUCAAGAGCUUUCUAAAUCCCGGUCAUUUUACUGUUCCCUCUGUUGUGUGUCACGCUAGGAUGUGGCAUCUCCACAGCCGAACAUCUCAGUUCUAUACGGGAGGCAUAAUGUGUAGUAUAAUGUCCUGAAGGUGCUGGUUCCCUCUGACCUCCAGCUCUCCUCGCCAUUCAUUUUAGACGGUGAAGCAGUCGCAGGCUCGUUGACUAUGGAAAUCACUGACUUCAAAUAUAAACUGGCAGUUUCCAGCUGGGAUCUCUGAGUAGCAGUGAGUCAAGCAGAGUUACAUAGCACAGAAACGGGCCCUACAGACCACCCUGUCCAUGCUUGCCAUCAGGCACCCAUCCAGACCAAUCACAUUUACCAACAUUUGGUCUGCAGCCUUCUGUGCUGUGGUAAUAUAAAUACUUGUCUAGAUACUUGUGUGGUGAGAGUACCUGCCUCUACCACUGCCUCAGACAGUGUGUUCCAGAUUCAUUCUAAACUCCUAACCCCUUACCAUAAACUUGUGCUCUCUAGACAACUAAAAUUAUUAUUUUUGUUUUGUUUCCAUAAUAUUACAGCAUCACACAAUCCUAUUUAAAUUUACCAGUCCUGGACCAAAGCCAGGGACUUCUUGGUCUGAGCACCAGUUAACAAAUUACUGGGGGCAUUCAUGAAAAGAAAACUGAGAAAUGCCCAGCCAAGUGACACUAUACAUUGUACCAUGAACUGCUGCCUUCAGGUGAAGCACUCCAAUUCCUUACAUAGACAUGGUCUGAACCUGGAUACAUCAAGGUGCUGAAGAGCUUCCCACUCUGAUGAAGAACAGUCACAAAACAGCAAAGUUCAAUUUUGAUCUAACUCCCUAUUCAUCCAGAGUAUGGAACUGUAAAACUCCUAGUACAGGAACAAGAGUGAGACACUGGCCACUGAUGGCACAGCUUAAGAAAACCCACAAGCCUACCAAGAAGGGUAUUUAUUAUUUCGGGUCUCAUCAGAUCUCUUCAUUAACAUGUGUUUGUUAUCAGAGGAUUUAAUUUUAUUUUGAACUUCCUGUAUAUUUAGCUCUUCAUUCCGGUGUGCUGCAUGGAAUUAACAUUAAAUAAAAUUUUGAGUGAUUCAGGGAUUUGGAUGUUUUAAUUAAAUCAUUUCACUCUAUAUUUUUUAUUCUGUUGCCUCUUUUGCUGUUUUAACUACUAUUGGGGGGGAGGGGGGGCGGAGGUGAACAUUACCCUCACCUAUAUGAAUUGAAGAUGCAGCAGUCUGUGAAAUGAAAGGUCUGAGUCAGAUGGUCAAAUGUUGUUUUUAGUCAGCCAAGUUAUUAGUCUGUUUGCUAACUAGUGAUUUUUUUUUAUUAUCCGGGCCUGACUGAUGGGUUACACCAAUGAUAGAAGAGCAGAAUUAGGCCAUGGCUGACUUUUUUUUCAACCCCAUUCUCCCGCCUUCUCCCAGUAACCUUUAAUCCCCUUACCAAUGAAGAACCUAUCAAUCUCUGCCUUAAAUACACCAAAUGAUAUGACCUCCACAGCCCUUUGUGGCAACGAAUUCCAGAGAUUCGCCACCCUCUGCCUAAAGAAAUUCCUCCUCAUCUCAACUCUAAAGAGAUGUCCCUUUUAUUCUGAGGCUGUGCCCUCAGAUCUUAGACUCUCCUAGUAAUGGAAAUAUCCUCUCCAUGUCCACUCAAUCCAGUGUAGUGGUUAUUGGUUACCCAACUGGUAAUUCAGAAAAGACCAAAUGCUGCCACAAUAAUUUGGGAAUUUGAAUUAAAAUAAUUCAAGAAAACAAAACUGCUGUCAACCUGUUGGAGAAACUCAGCUGGUUCAUUAAUAUCCUGUGGGGUAGAUAACUCCUCAUUCUGCACAUGAUCCUAACCUGAUGUGGCUCUACAUGUGAUUUCAAUCUCACAGCAAUAUGGCUAACAUUUAUCUGCCCUGCUGAAGCCACCUAGCAACCCUCAUGUAUUCAUUUUCCAUCUUCUCAUCAUGCAAGGAUGGGCAGGAAACUGGCCUUGCCAAUGACCCCCAGAUCUUGAAUGACUUUUAUAAAACCACUCUUUAAAACAAAAAGUUCAGUUCCUUGCCUGAGGGCUUUUUUUUGGUGUAUGACAGGUGCAUUUGAUGUUUUGUACGAUGUGUCACUUUAAAGAUUUAACCUGAAUUCCAAAAGUUAUUUUAAAUUUGGCUUUCACUCUUAAAGGGAAGUAAGUGGGGGAGAAUGGUGUGGCUCAGAGACUUGUUGGAGAACAGUAUAGAAGAGGCAAAUCCAAAUUAAAUCAAUGUCAUGGGAUUCAGUGAAAAAAGACAAGCAUGUGAUGGGUGUUGGAAUGUUCAUUGCGCAGGGUUUGAAGGGCCUAGGUAAACUGAGUGUAAAUGUGGGAUCAAAGAAACAGAUGUCAUAAGGAGGGAACCGUUUUAUUUUUGAAACUAGGGUGGGUGGAAUAAUCUUCCACAUCAAAACCAAUUUUGUCCUCUACUACACGAGUGCUCUCAAUGAUAUGAGCUUAAUAUAUGUUGGUGAGGAAGGGGAAAUGCACGGUAUGGGGCAGGCAUGGUAGUGUAGUAGUUAGCGAAACGCUAUUACAGUGCCAGCAACCUGGGUUCAAUUCCGGUCGCUGUCUGUAAGGAGUUUGUACGUUCUCCCCGUGUCUGUGUGGGUUUCCUCCGGGUGCUCCGGUUUCCUCCCACAUUCCAAAGACGUAUGGGUUAGGAAGUUGUGGGCGUGCUAUGUUGGCACCAGAAGUGUGGCGACACUUGCGGGCUGUCCCCAGAACACUCUAUGCAAAAGAUGCAUUUCACUGUGUGUUUCGAUGUACAUGUGAUUAAUAAAGAUAUCUUAAAUGUGUUAGUUUCCUGUUAACUAUUCACUCCCUGGUGAGCAGUUAGAAAGUACGAGAAGAAGCCGGGACCUACCCGCAGUGGCUCUCUGCUAACUGAUCUUACACAAGUAAGGUGACGAGCCAGGGCUGGGGAAUUAUAGUCCAGCACCUUUAGAAGAAGAGGGAAGAGUGGCUGUUUCUCUGGAAAAUGAAUCUCUGAGCUUCAUUUAGGCUCCUGUAUUAUUUUUUAAUGAGAUAAAUUUAAAUUCUGAAGCUUCACAAAAUGUAAUUUCACCCUCUCCUCAUUUUGUAUAAAUCUGGAAUAUAAUUUUACAUGUACCAAGUUACAGAGAUGAAAAUAAAAAGCUUUUCAAAAUCGGA